AUGACCGACCAACAGCCACUCGACGCGUCUAAGUUGACUUGCAUAUACACCACCAACCCUCGAGAAGUUCCAACCGAAGCAAAACUCCACAAGAGCGGAACCAUAUGCACGGACCACAUGAUCACCGCCUCUUGGAAGGUCAGCGCUGGUUGGUCAGCGCCUGAAUUGAAGCCUUACGGCCCCUUGAGUCUUCUGCCAAGCGCAUCAUGCCUGCAUUACGCCUACGAAUGCUUUGAGGGUCUGAAAGCUUACCGGGGCGAAGAUGGAAAGCUUCGGAUGUUUCGUACCGAUCGCAAUUCUCGUCGUUUUUUGAUGUCCGCUGGGCGUAUCUCUCUGCCUCACUUCGACCCAGAUGAGCUAGAGAAGCUCAUUCACAAACUAGUGUCGGUCGAGGGCUCAAAGUGGCUCCCAAAAGACCGCGCUGGGCAAUUUCUUUAUGUCCGUCCAACAAUGAUCGGUACCGAUUCCCAGCUUGGUGUGACAACACCACAAGAAGCUCUGCUUUAUAUUAUCAUUGGUUUUACGCCUCGUUUGGAUACCCCAGUGGGCGGAAAACGCUUGUUGACUUCCCCGGAUGAUAUGGUCCGGUCAUGGGUCGGAGGAUUCGGCUAUGCCAAAGUUGGAGCCAACUACGGCCCGUCAGUCUUGGCUAAUCAAGAAGCUAUUCGUCAGGGAUAUCACCAGAUUCUUUGGUUGUAUGGUCCAGAGGGCUUUUGUACUGAGGCCGGGGGUAGCAAUUUCUUUGUUUUGUGGCAUCGCAAGAAGGAUGGAAAGAAAGAGCUUAUUACUGCUCCGUUGGAUGACCAGCUGAUCUUGGAUGGAGUUACCCGCCGGAGUUGUAUUGAGUUGGUGAGAGAGCGUUUGGACAUCGGGGUCACCGAGCGGAGGUUCACGAUUGAUGACCUGCAAGAAGCGGCUGCUGAGAAUCGACUGAUUGAGGCUUUUGCUGCUGGUACAGCUUGGUUUAUUACCCCUAUUUCACAGAUCCACCACCGUGGAAGGGACAUUAAUAUCCCAACUGGUCCUGAUGGUAGCCCUGCAGAAAUCACCGGAAAGAUCAAAGGAUGGUUGGGAGACAUGAUGUACGGACGCGCUGAGCAUGAGUGGAUAACAGUGAUCCUUGAAUAG